AUGGAAUUACGCAAACUUAAAGCCACCAGGGCUGGAAACAGAAGCGCUGUUUCAAGGAAAUUAAAUAGAUAUGAAGGAUCCGAAGGAUGUUCCAAAAAAGAACUCUUGUUAAUUUACGAAGACUUGAUGAAGAAAAGAAGUCUAAUGGAGAAUUUUGAUGAGCAAAUACUGAGUCAGACAGCUGAGGAGGAGAUCGAGAAUGAAAUCAUUGAGACAGAUGAGUAUAAUUCAGAGUUAGACAUAAGACCGAUGCGCUUUAAAGAGUUCAUUGACAAAAAUUUUGCACAUGUAACUGGGGAGAUAGAUUCUUACAUGUCAAAUGAUGAAGGUGCCUUAUUAAAUCCUCUUGAAAUAAAUCAAAUUCCAUCUGAUCAUACAACAGUCCCUAGUUAUGCUGUCCCACCUGUACAUGAGCAUUUUCCUGUGUCAAUGCCGUCUGGAAGUUUAUCUACUGCUUCUAACCACAAGCUACCUAAGUUAUCGUUACCGACAUUUAAUGGAAACAAAUUAGAGUGGCAAUCGUUUUGGGACUCCUUUAGUUCUGGGAUUAAUGAAAAUAUUAGUUUAAGCAAUGUUCAGAAGUUUGAUUACUUGAAAUCAUUGCUCCUGGGUGAGGCCUUACUUGUCGUAGAGGGAUUUACUCGCACUAAUGCAUACUAUGCAAAGGCAAUUGAGCUUUUGAAGGAGAGAUAUGGGCAGCCACACAAGAUUACAAGAAUAUAUAUGCAAGCACUCCUGGAUUUAACAGAACCGAGUGAUUCCUUACACAGUCUGAGAGAAUUUUAUGACAAGAUGGAAACGUAUGUGCGGGGGUUAGAAACAUUAAACCAAACGGAAGAGAGUUAUGGAAGCUUCCUAGUUCCAGUAAUUUUAAGAAAAUUACCCUAA